AUGCAUAAAUCAUCACACAAUGCAAAAACAUAUUCUUCAGCAUUAAAUAAGAUCAAAUCUGAAGGCUUUAGAACGUUGAGUCCAAUUGGUUUCAAACUGAGUCCAUUUUCAAAAAAGAACAAAUUAGAAUUCACUCCAAUAAAGUCAAAAACUCAACUUCAAGAAUUGAAAAAUUUAAUAGAAGAAAAAUCAAAACCAUUGGCAAUUUCAUCACCUUCAGGACCAUCGAGUAAACGACUGUUAACUUUGACAUCUCCGGCUAAAUUCAUUUCAGAUUUCGAUAAGGAAGAAGAUAAUAGAUCAAUAGGUACAAUCAGAGAAUCUCCUGAAUUUACACCUCGAAAAAUUGAAAAACCAAAUUUAAUACUGAUUCAUGAUUCAAUGGAUGAUACAUUUGAUAUAAGUCAAUCUAAGAAGAAGAAGAGAAGAUUACAGUUGUGGAAAUCAGAGACAAGUAUUGGUAAGUUGUUAGAAGAUGAUCAAUUAAAUACUUUGAAUUAUUAUAUGGAUGAUAAUAUUGAUAUGUUGAGUCCGAUAAGUAAUAAAAGUUUAAAGAGCAAAGCUGAUGAUGAUGGUGUCAAGCCCAAGAAGAAGCAGAAGAAUGUGUUUAGGAUUAAUCAAUGA